AUGACUACCUACGAGAAAAUCGUCAAGGGCGCCACCAAACUCAAGGUGGCGGCACCGAAGUCCAAGUACAUCGAGCCAAUUCUUAUGGCCACGUCCAUGGACCACCAGGUGCUGGCGGAAAACUUCACCACCAUCAUGAGAUGUUUAAACCACCGACUCCAAGAUCUGUCGUGGAGUGUGGUGUACAAGUCGCUCAUUGUCAUCCACAUCAUGAUCAGAGAGGGUGAUCGUGAUGUCACCCUUGAGUAUUUGGCCACCAAGCAGCCUGGAAUGCUCAACUUGUCUCACCUGAACAUUCUGAAGAAUCUGACCUUCAAUUCCGAUGUACGCUAUGUGAUGAAAUAUGCAAAAUACUUGCAGACUCGUGUUCGCCACUUUGCCGAAACUCACAUUGACUAUGUAAGGGACGAACGGGUCAAUAACCUGACCAAUCAACAGGGUGGUCGGUUGAGGAACUUACCCGUGGACAAAGGGUUGCUCCGAGAAUGUGAGAGUGUGCAGAAACAGAUUGAUUCGUUAUUGAAGAACUCGUUUUUGGAGGGUGAGAUCAAGAACGAUGUGAUUUUGACGGCGUUCCGCCUCUUGGUCAAUGAUCUUUUGGCGCUUUUCCAGGAGUUGAACGAGGGUGUAAUCAAUAUUUUGGAGCACUACUUUGAAAUGUUCCGCAACGAUGCAGACAGAGCCUUGUCAGUUUACAAGAAGUUUGUUGAUCAGACAAAGUAUGUCAUUGACUUUUUGCGUGUGGCGAAGCACUUGGAAUAUGCCACCAAGUUGCAUGUUCCCACCAUCAAACACGCCCCUACGGCGCUUACCUCGUCUUUAGAGGAGUACUUGAACGAUCCAAAUUUCGAAGAAAACCGUCGUCAGUAUUUAAGCGACAGGCUGGCCAAAGACGGAAUUCUGAACCACGCCGAUACACGUCAGGCACAAAUACAAGCUCAAACCCAACAGCAACAACAGCAGUUUGAGGCUCAGCAGGCCCAGUUGGCUCAGCAGCAACUGCAACAGUUUCAGCAGGCUCUACAACAACAAGCUCAGCAGCUUACGCAGCAGCGGGCUCAGGAACAGCAGCAACAACAGCAACAAUUUCAGCAGUACCAGCAGCAGCAGACUCAGCAGAUUCAACAGCAGCAGCUCGCACAGCCAGGUCUGGUCUACAAUGCUCAGUUGACUCAGCAGUCUACCUUUAAUCCUUGGGGGACCCAGGUGGCUAUUCAGCCGCAACAAGUGAACCCUACAUUCACUGGCGCUGGAUUUGGUGGCUAUGGUCAGCAGGCUAGUCCAGGAACUUCACAAUCGGUUCCACAAUCGGUACAACAGACCGGAUCUAAUCCUUUCCUUCAGCAACAGCCCCAAAAUGGAUUUGCUAGUGUCACCACUCAAUUCACUGGUGGUAUAAGUAGCCAGCCAACGCAGCAGCAGUUCCAAACUCAGCAGUUCCAAUCACAGCCCCAACAGGCACCACCACCAUUGGCCAGAGCCAACACUAAUCCUUUUGCUCUGAUGACUGCCAAUGGUACGGGUACUACGCCGCAGGUGAAUCCCUCGAACCCAUUUGGUAACACUCGGUUCGCCAACUCCAGCACCACAGCAUACUCGUUCCAAAAAGACCUGACACCAGAGAAAGUGUCGGUCACUGCUACAGGUAACAAUCCGUUUAAUGUGUCUCAGAGUACUACUAAUGUAUUUAAUUCUGCUGUGCAGAAACAAGCUCAGCAGACGCCGUUGAAGCCACAAGCUACUGCUGGAGGGUUGGAAAACUUACCUACGAUUCCUGUGUUCCCACAGACGCAGCAGGAGCAGAUGCGCAACGCCUACCUUGAUCAAGCCAAGUUUAACUUGCAACAACAAGCUACAGGACAUCAGCAGCAACAAUGGGGCCAGCAGCAGUGGCCGCAACAGCAGCAAGCUCCACAGCAAGUGUAUCAGCAAACACAACUGCUGUACUCCUUAUACAAUGGACCCAGUUUGAUUUGA